GAAAGGUGAUUUCAUUGGUCUGACUGUGGGGCUGAUGCUGGUCAGUGCCUGGCGAAAGCGCCUUGCCUCAUCCUUCGCUCCCUUGGUGAUGCGUUGCUUGGGACCCGACAGCUCCAGGUUGGGCCAACGGCCUUCAUUAGUUUGUUGACAGGUCAAGCCUUAGCCAUGAAUUUCUUUGGAGACGAGGAACGUCCUUGGCAUCAACAUCAAGCGACACAAGUACUGUUACUGGUGGGAGACUGCAUAUGACUUGUGCAAAAACCUUCCAGAGACUGAUGCAGCAAUUGCACUGCUUGGCUUCACGCUUUUGGCAAUGCUGACCUUCUUCAAGAAGUGGAAGCAAGCUGGGAAUGAAGCCAAGCGCUCCAAGAGCCUCAUUUGGAGGUUCUUCCCGAAGAACAAGGACUCCUGUGCUUUCAAAUCCAUGAAGAUGUGCGCUGAUUUGUCCUCGGUGCUUUGCGCCAUUCUUGGAUGGGUCUGGGGCUACAUCUAUCGACAAACUGGAAUCAAUUCGGUGCGGCUGAUUGACGACAGUGAAAGCAAUGGCUUUAUUUUCCUGCUGCCUAGCUUUGAUAGCAACACUCCAGAUCUCAUUGUGCCUGCAUUGAUGAUUGCUGUUGUAGGCUUCUUGGAAACCAUGGCAGUUGGCAAGAUGGCAAACGAGAAGCGGUUUUUGCCACGAUGCAAAGCAAGAACUUGUGGCUUUGGGUGCUGCGAAUGUUGGUGGCUUCUCCAGGACAGUCAAUUCCAUCUUCGGCGCAAGCUCUCCACUGGGGCCUUGACAUCCAUCGGCGCGUGGUUAUUGCAGUGGAUAGCUUGAUGCCAGUGGUAGAGCUGCCCUUGGCAGCCUUAGCUCCAUUGAUCAUCCAUGGUGCUAUUGGCGUCACCGACUUCAAGGCUUUUAUCCCCACCUUCUGUGGCAAUCAGUUGGACUUCCUGAUCAUGGUGGCCACCUUUGUGGUUUCACUGGGAUUGACCGUGAAGGAAGGUCUCAUCACUGGUGUGGUGCUGUCCAUGUUGAAGCUCUGUGGCCAGGUGGAGGAUGGGACCUUCAGAGAUGUGAGGUAUUACCCCGAAGGUCAGAUGAUCCCCAGAUGUGUUGUCGUUCGAAUGGACGCUGCCCUGAGUUUCGCAAACACCAGACGCUUGCAGGAGUUUUGUUUGCGCGCCGUGGGGGCUGCAGGCAGAGCUGACCCCUAUGUUUCUUAUGUGAUCUUAGAUUGCAAGUCCAUCAAUGGCACCGACAUGACUGGUUAUGAGGCUGUCGAAAACCUCACCAUUUCUUUGCAGAAGCGCAAAAAGUCCCUGGUCCUGGCCAACUUGAAACAACCACUCACACAGGCGAUGUAUGCAGCUGGUGUCAACCAACAUAUCGAAGCACAUGGCGGGCACCUCUGUUGGAACAUCGCUCAAGCCAUUGCCUUGGUGAAUGGAGGCGAUCCAACUGUGGCCAAAGAAGCUGUGAAUGACCUGCACAGCCGGGUACAAUCCAGCACUGCUGCUUUAAAGCAAUGCGUCCCUGUUUAGAUGACAUCCAGUCUCUACAAAGAUUUGAUGUCAGUGGGGUGUGGGCCAUUUAAACUUUAU